AUGGGUGAAGCGCCAGUUCCCAGCGAGCAUGUGCUCAUUAUUCUGAACUAUGACUUAUCUGAUUCGCUGUUGGAGGUCAUUCGCAAGAUGUUUGCCGAUGUCGAGAUUACCAUGUUCCCUGCGAUCCGGGGCGCAAAGGUACCGAGUGAGUUAUUCCGCAAGGCGACUAUACUUGUCACAUAUGUCAACUUGCCAGAACCCGAGGAUGCCGAAAACUUGAAGGUUGUCCACACGUUCUCCGCGGGUCUGGACCAUCUUAUGAAUAACCCUAUUCUGAAGAGUGGUCUCAUCCCGUUCACUACCAGUUCUGGUAUCCACGGCCCACCAAUUGCUGAAUGGACCAUUAUGAACUGGCUCGUCUCCGCUCGGAAAUACAAUUUGACAUACGAGGCACAGAAGGAGCACAGAUGGGAUAAAGAUACCCCGUGGAUGCAAACCAAUUACGACCAAGUUGGCAAGACAGUUGGAAUCUUGGGAUAUGGUAGUAUUGGCCGACAGAUCGCCCGUGUGUCUCAAGCAAUGGGAAUGACCGUCUACGCCUACACGGCUUCUCCACGCCCAACACCCGAGUCACGCCGCGAUAACGGGUUUAUCGUUCCAGGAACUGGAGAUCCUGAAGGAACAAUCCCCGUAUCAUGGCACCAUGGCACGGAUAAGAGUUCUAUUCAUGACUUCCUCUCACUCGGAUUAGAUCACCUGGUCGUCUCUGUCCCGCUUACCCCUCAGACGACCCAUCUAUUGGGUCAUGAGGAAUACGCGCUCUUAGCUAAAAACUCUAAGAACCCUGGCGUCAAGCCAUAUCUGACCAACAUCUCACGUGGAAAGGUGCUUGACCAAGAUGCAUUGAUCGAGGCCUUGAAGUCUGGGCAGCUGGGUGGUGCGGCACUUGACGUUACAAACCCUGAACCCUUACCUGCCGAUCAUCCUCUUUGGGAUGCGCCAAAUGUGCAGAUUAGUCCGCACAUCAGUGGAGCGGGUAGAGAGUAUUUCUGGCGCUCGCUCCAAAUUCUUCGAAUCAACUUGGACCGCAUGGCGAAGGGGUUGCCUUUAAUUAACCAAUAUGGAGGAAAGGGUUAUUAG